CGGUGUUCCUGCAGUGCUCACCAAAGAGCAGAAAAGAUCGGCUUGGCACUACCAUCUGUCACCAUGGAAAGUGUUCUACGGUAAACAGAAGGAUCGUAUUGGCAGUGAUUUCGCGUGUAAGAAGGAGUGCUACAGAACACUCCGCGUACCCAUUAUUUCCUAAGGUGCACUGAUACAAAUGAUAACCAUUGUUUUUGAGGGUGUCGGUGGGUAGUUCAUUAUGAGGUAUUCGUGCCACGUAUACGGUAUAGUCCUUGCUUAUGGAUUGAAUAAAAACACUUGAUGAUUUGAUAUUUGUGUUAUGACUGAAAAUGUGUACUCUUUGUCAUACUCCGAGUAACGAGUAACAUCGGAAUUUCGGCAAAGGCUCGUCAACGCAAGUCGAUAUUAUGAAGACAACUUUUAUCCUUUCUUGUGUUCAGCAAAUGAAACCAAGUCUCCGGUCAAAUCGUAUUUGUCCUACGCCCCACGUGCCCGUUAGAAGCGCAUAUUUCACACUACCGUAGGGUCACCUAGGUAACCCUCACUCCACGGGACUUCUUACUCCCGCUCACAAAACAAGAUCGUUUGGUGAAGAGAGUGCCGGAGAGAGGAAACUCUGAGACAUUUAGGUAAAUAAGAGGAAGGGAGCGCUGUUGAGGGUAAUUUUUCGUGUCAAAGGGAGUCAGCAUUUCUGGGGAGAGUUGAGGAUGUCCAUGUCGCCAUUUUGUGAUGUGACAACGUGGGAGGAGUUUAGCUACGACCACUUCAGAGAUCCGGACCCAACCAUUCAUGAGGAGGGGCGAACUGGCUGCUGCACAACUGGAGGGACAAAAAAGGAGCAGGAGAUUUGGAGCUACUCCAGCAAACCCCUCGGUAAAGCCCUGCUGCGGUCCGUGGCUGCGGACAGACAGACGUGUCAGCAUGCCGUCACCAUGUUCACGGACAUUCUCGUCUACACCGCCAGGAAAUCCCUGAGGGAUGUGGCCGGAGACACUCGACUAGUGGAACAUAUCUUUAGACAAGCUAUGAAACGGGAAUGUCUCCAAGAUGAACUGUACUGCCAACUCGUCAAGCAGCUAAUAAACAAUAAAAAGCGUUCUAAUGAAGACCGCUGCUGGGAGCUGCUGUGGUUGUGUGCUGGUUGCUUCCCUUGCAGCCAACCACUGAGAUUCCACGUGACGUCAUUCCUACUCCACAAACGGCGCUCGCCUUUGGCACGUGACUGUCUCCUCAGGUUAGAGAGGACCGUGCAACUGGGCUGCCGACGCUCCCCUCCCCACCCUCUUGAACUGCACACAGUACAGAAGAAAAGUGGAGCACUGGGACAAACGGUCGUCUUACCGGACAAGUCUAGAGUGGAGAUUGCGGUGGAAUCUUCCAGCCGUGCGGGUGACAUGUGUCUUGACGUCGCCAAUAAGCUUGGUCUGAAGACGACUAGCGGAAUUAGUCUGUACUACAGGGUGGCAGACAAAGCGGUCAGCAUCCCGCAUGGUGACUACUACUUUGACUUCCUCUGUAGCAUCAGGCCUCUCGCGGAAUGGCUCAGCUCAGAAGAAUGCGCCAAGUACGACCUGUUGUUCCGGAGAAAAGUGUGGACGGACGUUAGGGUCGGGGAGGACCCCAAGGCAGACUUGCGCCUGCAUUUCUUUCAGGAGUUGGAGUCGUUUCUGAGUGGUCACCACAAGUGCAGUAAGAGCGAAGCUGUCCAACUGGCGGCGUACCUAUACAGGGUCAGGUUCGGGCAGACUGGGUUUGAACUUCACGACGACAAGAAAACUGCGGAGGUGCUAAAAGAUCUCAUUCCACAAGACCUACUGCAGAUCGAGCCCCCAGACCACUGGAAACAGGACAUCGUCACGACGUUUAACCGUCACGCCGGACUGAACAGGGACGACGCCAAGUUGGCGUUCCUCAGACACGUCAGCACGUGGCCCACUUUCGGAUCCGCCUUCUUUCACAUUGAGAGGCAUGACAAUCGCAAGUACCCAGAAAAACUCAUGGCUGCCGUCAACAGAAGGGGACUCGUGCUUAUGGACCAGAACAGUAAGAACACCAUCGUCAGUUUGGCCCUGGACGAUGUGGAGACGACCGGCGACACCAGACACCUGUGGGUCACGGGAAACGGUCUGGAGAGCACCUGGCAGCUCACAACAUCGGCGGCAGCUCAGAUCGACGAUCUAGUGAAAGCCUAUCAAGGCAUUCGUGAAACAGACUCUGCUCCGGCCAACAGAAGCGUCCUGGUGUAAACAAAAAAUAGAUAAAAAAGUAAGCGCAAAGCUACAGGACACUAUUUUUUGGUCAUCCGCUCGCAGAGAAGAGAAUUGCAUCAAACAAGUUCCAACAAGUUACAUUUUAUUUGUAAUCGGCAUUUGUCAUUUGCAUUUCACGUUAAUUCAGUACUGUUGUGUUGUAAUCCUAACUUCGCCGGGCCAGUGACACUGUGUU